GUCAAGGCGCAGGCAACGGCAGAGCUCCUCAGUCCUACAGCACAGCGACGGACCGUCCCGCCCUGGGUCUGGUCCGCCACCAUCCCAGCAUGCCUCUGCCUACGGAAGAGCGGCGGGGGGCGGGACCUUUCUGUACGCCGCUCCAGUUUGCUCUGUCCUAGGGAAGGCGGAGCUGGUUGCUGGGGAAGGGGACUGUGGCGCCGUCGCUGCGGAGCCCGGGACAGCGGAUUAAUGUGCCUGUGGUUUGGUCUUGAGGUGUCACACACCCAGCCUGCAUUUAGACUUGCCUUUUGAAAAGGAGCAGGUAAAAUAAAGAUGACAUUGUUUUUGUAGAGGAAAGAACAAUCAAAUCCUUGCAGACAGACUUGAUGUUUCGCCUUCGAGUUCUUGCUGCCGUGGCAGGCUUAGAGGCUGUUUCCCGAUGUUACCAUGGAGUGGCACAUCCCACCAGAAGCAGGCAAAGACUUAUGAUGGCAGCUUUCAUAGGAACAACUGCAGCAACAGCAAGUGCUGGACUCCUGUGGAAGAGAGCCCAUGCAGAAGCACAGUCAUCUGUAAAACACAAUGCAAGGACAGAAACUAAUGAAAAAGUGAAGGACCAAGAAGAAGAGGAGAAUGACGAUGACAGAAAGACUGUUGACUCAAGUAGUGGAGGGAUUCAGCCAGAAGAGAAGAAGAAGAAACAACGUUCUGGAUUUAGAGAUCGUAAGGUGAUGGAGUAUGAGAACAGGAUACGAGCCUACUCCACUCCAGACAAAAUCUUCAGAUACUUUGCCACCUUGAAAGUAAUACAUGAGCAUGGAGAACCAGAGGUGUUUAUGACACCACAAGAUUUUGUGAGAUCCAUUACUCCUAAUGAAAAACAACCAGAACAUCUAGGUCUGGAUCAGUUUGUAGUGAAGCGAUAUGAUGGAAAGGAUUUCUGGCAGAAGUUAUCCCAAGAACGAGAGAAAUUUGCUGAUGAAGACAGUAUAUUUUAUACACUUGGAGAAUGUGGACUCAUCUCUUUUUCUGACUACAUCUUCCUCACUACAGUUCUCUCCAGUAUAUUCACAGGCUCUUUUAUGAGUUACUUUGUAAUGGGCAGCAGAGUUCGUAGAAAAGAAGAAAACGCAAGCUUUGCAAAAAUGUUUUCUGGGAGGCUUAUGGUAAGACAAGCUCCCCAGAGGAAUUUUGAAAUUGCCUUCAAGAUGUUUGAUUUGAAUGGUGAUGGUGAAGUGGACAUGGAGGAGUUUGAACAGGUCCAGAGCAUUAUUCGCUCCCAAACCAGUAUGGGAAUGCGUCACAGAGACCGUUCUACUACAGGAAAUACUCUUAAGACUGGCUUCAGCUCUGCCUUGACAACAUACUUUUUUGGAUCUGAUCUGAAAGGAAAGCUGACAAUCUCAAACUUCUUAGAGUUCCAGCGCAAACUUCAGCAUGAUGUUCUGAAGCUCGAGUUUGAACGGCAUGACCCUGUGAAUGGGCGGAUCACUGAGCGUCAGUUUGGUGGCAUGCUGCUGGCCUAUAGUGGAGUGCAGUCAAAGAAGCUCACUCUCAUGCUGAAGCAACUCAGGAAACAUUUUCAAGAAGGAGAGGGGCUGACGUUUGAGGAGGUGGAAAGCUUUUUUACUUUUCUGAAGAAUAUAAAUGAUGUGGACACAGCUUUGAGCUUUUACCACAUGGCUGGAGCUUCUCUUGAUAAAGUUACCAUGCAGCAGGUAGCCAGGACAGUGGCAAAAGUGGAGCUCUCAGACCAUGUGUGUGAUGUGGUGUUUGCUCUUUUUGAUUGUGACGGGAAUGGAGAGUUGAGUAACAAGGAGUUUGUUGCCAUUAUGAAGCAGCGACUUAUGAGAGGUUUGGAGAAGCCCAAAGACAUGGGAUUUACACGACUCAUGAGGGCAAUGUGGAAAUGCGCACAGGAGACAGCGUGGGACUUUGCCAUGCCCAAACAAUAACUGCAGCAAAUGGAAGAACCUGGUUAACAUAUGUUAUUGGGGGCCAUAAAUCUGUACUGCUCCUGCAGAAUGUACCAUUGUCAGAUGCUCUGCAGAUGAACACUCUUCACACAGAAAUCUACUGAAUGAUUGUUACGCUGAACUAGGAAAAAACCACCCAGAAGACACAGACUGUUAACAACUGGAGUUUUUCCAAACACCAGAACAGAAAUUGAAGUCUACUGUAUCUUCUCCUUUAAUUUUUCCACUGCUGAUGCCUGUUAAAUAUUAAUCUCUCAGGAAAAUUACAAAAAUAAUUAGUUCUGUGUAUUGCAGCCACCAGCUUCAUCUCCAUAGUAUGCUCCGGUGUCCAACAAAACCAGGAUUUUAUGUAGAAUUGAAUAUGGAUAGCUUCAGAGAACAAUAUUGGUCAGAACAGUCCCAUAUGUGUCAAGCAGUGGGACAGAAAUGCCUAGCAAAUCUACUAGUAGCAAAUCCUAGUCUUUUGCUCCUGAAUUAUUUUUAGUUUAGAUUUUAAGCACUAUUUACAAAAAAGUGUGUUUAAAAUGAGCUUUUGAAAGAGAGCUGGGUUUACAGAAAACAAUAGCAACCUUUGUUUAUUACGGAAGCUGUCCAUAAGAUUAAGGACAGAAGGGUCCAGCAAGGGUGAGAAGAAUGCCACAGUACUUUCUUCUAUAGGACUGUUUGUUUUUCCCAAUUGGAUUUCUUAUCUUGCAGGCGUGGUGUGAAAUAGGGAUAAGCCUGGUCAAGCAGGGGGCUGUCUGAGGCUUAGUUACUGCCUUGGAUAUAAGGAGUUUAAAAUGGCUUAAUUUUUUCCCGCCUUUCUCCUCCCUCAGAAGAACCCUGCCUUGCAUAAGCAACCUAACAUAUAUGCUCUUUGUAAUUCUCUUUUUAAUAGGGGGCUCCUCCCCCUAUGAGAUUGUCCUUCUGUAUGGGGUACUGGCUUUAAAGCUGCUAUUUACUGAAUGCUUCAACAUUGUAAAAUAUUACUUUAAUUACAUUGGUUCACAACAAAA